ACACCAAGCCAUCACAUGCUACAAAGAUGAAAAUAAACCGUAAGACGACGCCUGUUAAGAAGACACAGAAGAAAAAGCAACAACAACAACAAACAAUAAAUAUAAAAAUGCAACACACGGGGACAAUAGCGACGACGACAGAGACUACGUCCACAUUAACAACACCAAUGUCCUUGUCCAACGGAUGGCGACUGUUGUUGUUAAUGACCAUAUUUGUUUGUUGUGUGGCAACAUCAACAGUUGAGGCACAAUGCCCCUGGCAAAGAGACAUACCCGAUUUACAAACAUCCUGCAUAUGUUCAUAUAAUUUAGGAAGAGAAUUGUCAGUGCAGUGUGACCAGGUACACUUUCCCACUUUAUUGGAGGCCUUAAAUAAAUAUGCCAAACAAAAACCCAUUGAUUUGUUGUAUGUCAACAAUUCCACCGUGGGCCAUUUGCCCGAUGACAUAUUUAUUAAUCUUAGUUUACACAAUGUCCAAUUGUCCAGUUGCAAAAUAACUGAAAUUAGUGAUGGCGCCUUUAGGGGCCAAGAGUUGGUAUUGAAAAAUUUAAAUUUACAAGAAAAUUUACUGGACGAAGUGCCCAUAGCCGCGUUACGAAUAUUAAGUAUAUUAAAUUUAUUGGAUUUAUCCAAAAAUCGUAUAACCACGAUACCUGAUGAGGCCUUUAAGAGCUCAUCAAAAUUGUCAACCUUAAAGUUAAAUGACAAUAAUGUCACUUUGUCAGCGGGUGCUUUUAGGGGUUUAGAGAAUAGUCUUAAGAACUUGAAUUUGAAAGGCACGAGACAACGUCGUGUACCCGAAUGCAUAAGAGGUCUCAAGAGUUUAGCCUUUUUGGAUCUGUCAUUGAAUGGCAUCAAAGAAUUGCCCGGUGUAGGUGGUAUACGUACAUUUGAAGGUUUAGAUUCUUUGACGGCCCUCAAUCUGGAGCGUAACUUAAUACAGAGUUUGGGUGAAUCCUCGUUUGUGGGCGUCCGUAAAACCUUGAGUUCAUUAAGUUUGUUAAACAAUCUUUUGGCCGAGUUUCCUGUGGGUGCAAUACACGCUCUUAAAGAGUUGAGAGUUUUGGAUAUUGGUUUUAAUUUAUUGACUACUUUGCCGGAAUCGGCAUUCCGUGGUAAUCCUAGCAUAACAUUAUUGGCCUUGGAUGGUAAUCCUUUGCCGACAGUACCUGAAAAAGCCUUCUCACAUUUGAAUGCCACUCUGCGCGGUUUGUCGUUGGGUGGUCGUUUUCUGCACUGUGAUUGUAAGUUACGUUGGGUAGCCGAAUGGAUUCGCAAUGGAGAUUUGCAGGUGACCUCACGCGAACGUAAUCCACAAUUUUGUGGCAGUCCUAAUCGUUUCCGUGAUCGUGGUUUCUAUUCCAUACAAGCCGAUGAAUUGACCUGUCCCGAUGACAGUGACACCGAUCUAAAUGGUCCCGUCAGCGUAAUCGAUACACUACAGCCGGUACAAAAGCCAACCAUUGCACCCAGUAUAGUGCCUUUAACUGUAAAUCAAACACAGGCAAGUGCUUCCAAUAAUGUUCCAAAUGUGGUGUCAACAACAACAGCUGCUCCAUCCACCACACGUUUAACAACCUCUACAACAACACCACCCCCUACAAGUCCAGCUACCACAAGCACCACCAAUACUCCACGUCCUACAACAACAUCGACGACUACGACCAAAGCAACAGCAGCCACAACUGCUGCACCACCACCUGCUCCCUCCCCAUCAUCUUCUACAGCCGCCAACUCUUCACAAUUACCUGCACAACCAACUUUGCAAUCCACAUCCGGCAUUGGUUCUGCUUCACCUACAACCAUCACAAAUCCAAAUGCUGCAAACGCCAAACCAGUACCUUCUUGGCGCCAAAAUGCAUCCGGCAGCAGCAGUAGCGGCAUUGGCAGCAGUAGUAGUGGCACAUCCGUCAGUGGUACACCACAUAAACAACAACGACCUCCCUUAGUUUUGGGCUUCCCACCUCAACGUGGCACACGUAUUGAUGACUCCAACGAGGUGCAAGUGAAGAAUGCCUUCCGUCAAGACAGCUCCGUCAUCAUACAAUGGGAUUCCGAUACAGCAAACAUUUUAGGUUUUCGCGUUGUCUAUCGUUUGUUUGGUGAGAAAUCCUUUAAACAAGGACCCCCACUAGAGGCCAGUGAACGUGAAUUUAAAAUUAAAAAUGUUCCCGCUCAAGAAUGCAUUAUUGUGUGUGUGAUAUCGUUGGAGGAAUUGCAUGUAACGCCUGAAACCGUGCCCUAUCAACAGUGUCGUGAAGUGCGCACCGUAGCUUCGCAAACAUCGAAUAUGGAUAAGAUAACGAUUGCAGCAAGUGCGGCUAUUUGUGGCACCAUUAUUGUGGCUGUGAUUGUUUUUAUAGCUGCGAGCAGACGUUCUCGCAAACUACAAACGUCCCAACAAAAGAGUCCACUGCCAAUUGGAGGUUUGCCCGUAAAUUGUUGCGGUCCAGCCGGUUCACCAGGACCACUUGGCUCAAUAGCAACGCUUUCGGCAUUCAAUAAUCACAAGGAAUGGGAUCAAGUAUCAGCAUAUAGUGGUCGUUCGAUACCACGUCCUAGAAUAUAUCCCAUGGAUAAUCAGGAUGAUAUGCGUAGUCAUUUCUCGGGUAUGCCAGGCAAAAUAGCAAAACCCAGCAGAUCCAUUGCUGAUGGUCAAUCGCAGCACAGCUUUUCCAAUAACUCACAUCGCGGCUACUUGGGCACAGCAUUUCCAUCGAAUUUAGUCAAUUCGCGACCAGAAUUAAGACAAUCGAGACAAUCGUUAGCUGCUGCUUCGGAAAGGAUGUCACGUGCCUCUUAUGCCGGUUCUAUACAUGGCGGCGGCCCACAAAGUGUAGCGUCUAGUACACGUCGCUCAAGACCGCGUUCCAGAUCACGCGAUCAAUUGAAUACCACGCACAUGCAUAAUCAUCGACCUGGAAGUCGAUACUCAACCGCCGGUUCAACCCACACUCUAAAUAACUAUUGCGAUACAUCGGACAAUUGGACUGAUCAUGAUAUGGAUAUAUACAUGGCUAGAAAUCCAACUACACGCAAUGGUUUAGUGCCAUUAUGAGGGCGGGUUAUGUUAUCCUGAUAUUUCGAUGUUGUAUUAAAUUUAGAUGAGAUUUUCUGACAAUACGUUACGCCUUCCGGUGGUGCCAGUAAUAAUAAUAAUAAUGGUGCCAGGGAGGCGUAUGCAUUAUAUAUACAGCAACAAUUACAAUUACAAC